CCCGGCCCAAUAUUCCUCAUCCUGCCAAGAAAGUUGAUCUGCUGGCGCCGAUCGUCGGACCUCUUUAGGAAGACGAAGGGUGUCUGCUGAUCUACCAUCUACACUGGCUUUGUAUGAAGCGUAGGGGAGAAGAGAAAGACGAUCGAUGGCUCAGAUUCCAAAUUUAGAUAAUUCUCCUCUGAAUCUCAAAGCUCUCAGGGACCAGUCUCAGAAGGAGCUCGUUAACAUCCUCAGGAGUAUUCGGGGAAAGAAGUGCUUGGUCAUUGAUAAGAAGCUCAGUGGUUCUAUCUCUUUGGUCAUCCAGACUUCAAUUCUUGUGGAACAUGGGGUCGAAUUGCGGCUUCUAUCUCCAGAGCCUCUUCAAACUGAGUGCACAAAAGUGGUUUAUCUUGUCCAUUCUAAUCUUAAUUUGAUGAGUUUCAUAUGCUCUCACAUUCAUUCCGAUGUAACAAAAGGACUCCAGAGAGAGUACCAUAUUUAUUUUGUUCCUCACCGUGGGGUUGAUUGUGAGAAGAUUCUUGAGGAGGAGAAAGUUCAUCAUUUAAUUAGCAUUGGGGAAUACCCAUUGUACAUGAUUCCAAUGGAUGAAGAUGUAUUAUCAUUUGAACUUGAUUAUUCUAACAAAGAAUGCCAAGUUGAUGGUAACACAAGUUCACUUUGGCAUAUUGCAAAGGCGUUACACAAACUUGAGUUUUCUUUUGGAGUUAUACCAAAUGUGAGGGCCAAAGGUAAAGCAUCAGUACGUGUUGCUGACAUUCUCAAUCGCAUGCAAGCAGAAGAGCCUGUGAACCUGUCUGAUAGAAGUACAUUGGAGAUAAAUACUCUCAUACUUAUAGAUAGGGAGGUGGACAUGGUCACUCCUAUGUGUUCUCAAUUAACAUAUGAAGGACUGCUGGACGAGUUGCUGCACAUCAACAAUGGUUCUGUGGAGGUAGAGUCAGCUAUUAUGGGCGUUCAGCAAGAGGGAAAAAAGAUCAAAGUUCCACUUAAUUCAAGUGACAAGCUCUUUAAGGAGAUUCGCGAUCUCAAUUUUGAAGUUGUUGUCCAGGUCCUACGUCAAAAAGCAACUGCCAUGAAGCAGGACUAUACAGAGAUGACUACUAGUGACCAGUCUGUUUCUGAACUAAAGGAUUUUGUGAGGAAGCUCAACUCCUUGCCAGAAAUGACUAGGCACAUAAAUCUUGCUCAGCAUCUCUCAACUUUUACAUCAAAGCAAUCUUUUCUUGGACGACUUGACAUGGAGCACACAAUUGUUGAGGCUCAGAGCUAUGACAUAUGCUUCGAGUACAUUGAAGAAAGUAUCCAUAAGCAGGAGCCUCUUGUUAGUGUCCUCAGGCUUCUCAUUUUGCUUUCAGUUACGAAUUAUGGGUUGCCCAAAAAGCAUUUUGAUUAUUUGAGGAGGGAGCUACUCCACAGCUAUGGAUUUGAGCAUAUUGCACUGUUGAAUAAUUUAGAAAAAGCGGGAUUGCUUAAGAAGCAGGAGACAAAAAGCAACUGGCCGACCAUCAAACGUGCUCUGCAACUUGUAGUUGAAGAUACCGACACUGCCAACCCCAAUGAUAUUGCAUACGUCUUUUCUGGAUAUGCUCCUCUCAGUAUUCGCCUUGUGCAGCAUGCCGUUCGAUCUGGAUGGCGUCCUAUUGAAGAAAUUUUGAAAUUGCUCCCUGGACCACACUCAGAAACAAAGAGAGGUGGAUUCUCAAGUAGUCCAUCGUAUGACACAUUGCAGGGUGCUUCAGCAGCCGUCAAUAAGGUUGCUGAUGGACGGCGUUCCUUAGUGCUCAUCGUCUUCAUUGGAGGGGUAACCUUUGCAGAAAUUGCUGCUCUUCGGUUUCUCAGUGCUCAGGAGAGUAUGGCAUAUGAUUUGAUUGUCGCGACAACAAAAAUUAUCAGUGGCAAUACUUUGAUUGAGACAUAUAUGGAGAACAUGGGGUGAGUUUGAGAAUUUUGUGUGAAGUUCAUGGCCUGUAGCAGAGAUAAGACUUCCGGUUGCAUGCCGGUACUUGUACCUUGGUUUAAUGUGAAUCCAGUGUAGAGACAUUCUGUAGAGAAACAUCCAAUGUUCGAGUUGAGAUAGGAGGAAACUUGACAAAUGGUUAUGAUCCAGUCAUUAGACUUGUGGGAUAUGUCAUUUCAAGCUAUCAAAUACCAAAUGACUGAAAGAUCAAUUGGCAUUACAAAUGAUUAUGUUUUGAUCUUAUCAAGUUUCUUGCAAUUGCGAGUUUACGGUUUAGUAUUUAGGGUA